AAAGGGCAUUUCACUCACCUUAGAGUGAUUACACUUAAAUAAAAAGCCACCCUGUCUGCGCUUAUCUGUUCGGUUCGUAAUGUGCUUCCUUCUUCGCGAUGGAAUGAAGUCCUUCUGAACUGGAAUCAUGAAUGGGACUCGAACCCAUAUCUACGUGCGACUUUCCUCUUAGUCGAUAUCAUGAUGGGAAGACUGAACUAUUCCCAGGUCUCGGAAUCCCUUUCUUUUUUAGGUAUGCCGCCCCGCGAGCAAGGAGUGCCACGCACGAGCGGAGCGAAAACAAAGCAAGGGGAAUUCUUAUAUUUUUUUGGGGGGGAAAUCCUUUGAUUGUGUAUUGAAUAUAGAUCCAUGUCUUUCUUGUUCCACUAGCUAGGACCAAAUUCUCACAUGCCCGUUUCGUUAUUACAACCUUAUUUUUUGAUGUCAAAGACCAGAAGCUACGCGCAAAUUCUCAUUGGAUCUCGGUUGUUCUUAACAGCGAUGGCUAUUCAUUUAAGUCUUCGGGUAGCACCACUAGAUCUUCAACAAGGUGGAAAUUCUCGUAUUCCGUAUGUACAUGUUCCUGCGGCUCGGAUGAGUAUUAUUGUUUAUAUCGCUACGGCUAUAAACACUUUCUUGUUCCUAUUAACAAAACAUCCCCUUUUUCUUCGCUCUUCCGGAACCGGUACAGAAAUGGGUGCUUUUUCUACGUUGUUUACCUUAGUUACUGGGGGGUUUCGGGGAAGACCUAUGUGGGGCACCUUUCGGGUGUGGGAUGCUCGUUUAACCUCUGUAUUCAUCUCGUUCCUUAUUUACCUGGGUGCACUGCGUUUUCAAAAGCUUUCUGUCGAACCGGCUCCUAUUUCAAUCCGUGUUGGACCGAUCGAUAUACCAAUAAUCAAGUCUUCAGUCAACUGGUGGAAUACAUCGCAUCAACCUGGGAGCAUUAGCCGAUCUGGUACAUCAAUACAUGUUCCUAUGCCCAUUCCAAUCUUGUCUAACUUUGCUAACUCCCCCUUCUCAACCCGUAUCCUGUUCGUUCUGGAAACACGUCUUCCUAUUCCAUCUUUUCUCGAAUCUUCUUUAACGGAAGAAAUAGAAGCUCGAGAAGGAAUACCAAAACCUAGUUCACUCGCUGAGUCUCUUUGCAUCCAUGGCUGAAUGGUUUUAAAGCGCCCAACCGGGCAAAUUCGUAGGUUCGAUUCCUGCUGGAUGCACUUGGAACGUUCAGUUCAAUCGCUGCUCACGGAAUUUUUACAUAUAGCUCCCCCUUAUAGCUUAUGGGGUACUUCACUCGCUCAACACUCGUUCUUCACUCGCUAGAAAAAGAAAAAGGAUAGAUGACUGAAAAUCCCGCUUAGAGAUCGCAACUAUAGUCAGAGUAGGAGUUCCCAUCCAUCAUCUCCGUCGAGGCCUCGUUUUACCUGCCAUGCCAAUUACGGUGGCUCCGCCGGAUUGAAACCUCCAUUAUAUUCGGCAACUAAGGACGAGAUUACCAUUGCAUCGGCUUUGAUGUCCCGAAUGUUCUCGGUCGCCUUGACCGGGCUCUUCACCGUAUAACUUUUCCCCGUUCCGCUGGAGCACAGCUAUACUUUCAUCGCUUUCACUAGAACCAGAGUCAUAGGGGCACUUUUUUUGCCUUCCUUAAUAAGUCUAAGUCCAGGGAUGCCCCCUAUGUUUUUUCGUGGAGCGCAUAAUUUUCCUUAAUCGGCGAGAGUAUAUACAUUUCACUGGCAAGAGCAUGAUUGAGGGCUUUCUACUGUGGUCUCUAACUCUUUAAUUGGUCAUUGGCUCUACCUAGACUAGAUGAGAUGCCGGUGCCAUUAAACUAGCUGCCAGAACGAGUUCAAGAGAUGAGGAUCCAGGUAGUGAAGUCACCCUCGGGGAAAGAAACAUGCGCCGUUCUUAGUUAGGGAGAGGGUAUGUUCACAUUGAGUAUCCUCGUAUGCUCAGUCGAGUGACAAACGUACCUAUCCCCGACGUGGGUAACGCAUCUACAAAACCAUGGUGUUAACAAGGCUCUCUCUUCUCCUAAAUCCCAUUUUUAUAUUAAAAAAGAACCGCUUUAUACUUGUUCGCUGGAAUUUAUUCCAAGAAAGUUUGGAUCUCUCCUAUGUUGUAAAAGGAAAUAAAGAAAAAAUGCCUUUCCUUCUCUUUACUGAUACAGAUGAUUGUUCGGGCAUCUAUCUCCUCUCCAAUCUCUACUAAUUAUUCGAAGUUGAGUCAGAAGGCUUCUAUCCCUCGAGGCAGGAACGUGGGAUAGCGGCGGUAGAGAGAGAAUACUGAAUCUACCCUCCUUUCCACUAAUAAGCUUGAUUCUCGAUCGCUCCUUCCACUAAUAAUCCGAGGCAGUCUCUGGUCCAGUCUUCUAUAUUCUCUAGGGAGGAGUAAAUACGAUAGACUUACUUAUCUAGUAAAAAUAAAUGAUGGCUUUCAAGCUUUACUAAUAGGGGCAUAGUUGGAGUCAAAGGUAUUUGACUCUUAUUCCGGCAUUUGAAUAAAUCUUCUAUUACUUACUGCCUUUUAGGGCUUUUUGCAAAGAAUGGUUAGGACAGAGCAUAGCCCCUUUGAAGGAGGACUCUAUAGAGGAGUCGAGUUCAAGGCAUCAAUAGUCGUCCUUUCCUUCACCCAAUCUCAUGAGAAGCAAGCCCAGCAGGCCCUGCCUUAACCUGUCCCCAGACAGCCAGCCCUCACCAGGCUGCUGGCAUUGCUAAAUGCUCCGAUACGAAGCAAGCUCUCCCGAAUACGACAGAUGCGGAAGUGGGGAAGCCGGAAGUUACUAAAUAAGUCGGAGGAAGAAAGUAGUUGGACAACUGUAUACACGAGGGUACAUUAGUAUUCUGGGAAUUGGCAACAUUGACAGAAAGGAGAGGGGGUAGGAAAACCUUUUAUAGGUGUAGCUAUACUAAAGUAGUCGGCCGUUCCCGUAACCAAGUUUUUAUUUCUCACUUCUACUUUUUAUGAAGUGUGGGGCAAAUGGCGCCCUCUACUUCUACUUCUACUUCUAACUAAAGGCGAAGAACCGGCAUUGCAAGCAAAUAGAGAGCCCCCGCCCGUUUGAGCCAUUGCGAGCCGGAAAGCGUACCGGCAGUUUGAGUCGCGAAAGGGCUAAUAGAACUUAAUUAUAUUAUAUUUUUAUCAUUUUAAUAAUAAUAAUCUAGAAUUAAUAAUAAUAUUAUAUAAACAAUAAUCCAAAAAUUCCUUUUUUUAUCCAAUUGUUCAUUCCUGGGAAGAGGAAGAAGCAGAUAGAGCAAAGGCCUCCUCUUUCCGCCCGCUCUUCCCGAAGUGAGCGAAUUGCAUGUAGAGAUCCGUAGGGGCUUAUAGUUUAAUUGGUUGAAACGUACCGCUCAUAACGGUUAUAUUGUAGGUUCGAGCCCUACUAAGCCUACCACCCUCUUCUCUUCACCUGAUACAAGGCAGUCGAAGUCCCCGCCGCCCUGCAGAUCUCAAUCUAGCGACGGGCACCUGGAACCACACUGCUGCCGCUGCCCUUCGGGCACGCCUCCUACGCUUAUCACUCACCUACGCUUUUGCAGCAUGCCCCCUUCGGGCAAUACGGCUUUCUAAACGCGAAGCAGCUGAGCGAUAGCUCUUCGAUCGCUAUAUUCUUGCGAUAGCGAAGGAUCGAAGAGCGAAGUUACGGCUUUAGGCGAAGAGCGAUAGCGAAAGCCUUAAGUCUUAUUGUUUUGUUCCCGAACAACGAUCAUUCAUUACGGCCGGCCCGACCAAAGACUGAAAGCCCGGUCCGGGCAAGCUAGAUUAUGGAACUGAUCUGACCGAACUGGGUCUAAUGGAACAAGAUCUCGAUCUCAAUAAGGAAUUGGAAUCUGGAAGGGCCGGCAAAAAGAAGUGCGAAGAGAGGUCUCCCUUGUAACAGGAGUGAAGAAUGACCCGACCCGGCCACAAGAAGACAGGCAGAGGGCAAUGGUACCAGACGUUAAGGAGAGAGAAGUGAGUUGGUCUCGAUGAGAGCCCAGGCGAGUCUCGUGUGUGAUAGUCUAACCCGGAUGAAGGAUAUAGUUCCCCUCCUGGUCUGGAUUAGGGUUCCAAACCAGCCCUAUCCCUUAAAGCCCCAGAGCUCUAGGUCUAACCUAGAUACAUACAGCUUGCUUUACCACCAUUCAGAGCCUUUUCUGAUAGAGGGAAGUGAGAAAUAAUUUGCUUUUCGGAUCGCCUAAUUCAAUAGCUCAAAAAAAAAAUAGGUGGAGUUCGCCCUUUAAAGCAUAGUUAAGUGUUGGGGGGGUUGUUCAGCGAACGGGAAGCAAAGUAUCCAUACCAACAUUGAAGGCUUCGAAGCUAUCCAGAAGAUAUCCUUAAUCUAUAGGGGUGCUAGCGCUUGACUAAUAGAAUCUCAAGUAUAGGCUCUUCUUCUGUUUUACGAAUCUAACUAAUCUAUACUACUACUAACUAUAGUCAGACUAGGUCUUCUAGAGCGAACUAGCAUAGUAGAGUUUCUAUAUUUUGUGCUACUAGAACCAUAAGCCGCACUAUACUAUACUUUACUGAACCUCCUUACGCCGGUUCAAGUUCUUAUAAGGCAAUAAGAGAGGACUGACGCGUCAGCUUCGAGGGCGCCUUUUCUUUAAGCAUUUCUUUCUCCAUCUAAGGUCAGGGAGGAACCUGAGGGAAAAACCGCUUUCUUACCAAUUAGAAGGAAUAAAGAGGGAGCCGCUUGUCCCGGGAAACGAAGUACGCUUUGGUGAGCGAGAAGCGGCCAGGUAUAGGAGAAGGGGCGGUUGGCUUAGGAAAGAGAGUACAUAGUUCCACUUGGUGAAUAGUGCCUCGGCUCGGUUGAGUCAUUUUGUUCGCUCGGCUCGCAGCGGGCUUGUUCUAGUGGAAAGACAUUUCUCUCUGGGAAAAAAAAGAAAAUUUGUUCGCUAGAGCUCAUCACUGAAGAAGGGUGGCUUUACUUUUUGGAAUUCGAGAAGAACUUCUUCGCGCGGGCGGCGUACGUACAAGGCUGUUCGGACUCCCUCCCUCUUGUAUGAGGUGUGUUGCCAUCGUCUCUUUCCCGCCAGGUUACGCGGCAUGGAUUCGUCGAUUGACGAAUCGGAUCUUGGCUUGCUGUCCCGCCGACGAACCAGUCUAGAAGUAGAAAGGGAAGGCAAUAGAAAGAGGUCUCCCUUCCCCCCUCUGUUUGUCUUCUUCUCGCCGCUUUUCUCGCCCAUCCUGCCCUGCGCCGCUUACAGAUUCAGUUGCAGGUAUCUAAGCAUCCAUUAGUUAAGGGGGUUGGGGCGCGAAGCGCAAACCGCUCUUCGAUCUCCCGGUGAGUUGGACGAGAACGAGACACAGGGGGUUAUCUAUGAAGCAUUGGAAUUGCCCCUUUCUGUUGGAAUAGUUUAAAGUCUUCUUCUUAGGGGAUUUUCUUUUUUCUUAUCAACAUAGAGUUGGAACUUAGCCGUGUAAGUUGCGAGUGGACCAGUGUGAAGCUUGAGUUUCGUUGCCGGCCAGAGCUCCUAGCCGACGACCGGCUACCCCUUUCGAGCUCAGCUGACCCCUUCUUGAUUCAGUUUUUUCCCUAUUUGAGAUAGAUGAAUCAACGGAACUUUGAUCCCCGGUUCCUGCUUGGUCAAUUCCUGGAAGGCCCCUAUUAAUGUAAUGAUUGAACAAUAAAAGUGCGUUUGCCGCGACUACGAGCUGCCAGUGCGCCUUUCUUUGAGUCGCCCGCGCUCGGGGUCGAGAACUGGUUCAAAAGCAGAAGGUGGUCCAAAACGAGCAAUCGCUCGUUUUUAUUCUUAGCGGAUGUUAAUAAUGAAAGACAUAACAUAUAUUAGAAGGCAAUCCCGGGGGAAUUCCUAUCGAUUUCCGAUGGAUAACAAUCCAUCUUUCUCGCUUUCGCUCUUUCUCCCAAUCAGUCGCGGGGGUUCCGGGCAUGAGAACGCAAGUGCCGGAAUCAAACAAAAGGUCCGAACGUCCGAGGACGAAAGAAAAAAUGCUCCGCGGGGAACUCGUUUCAUGUCGGCGUAUUCGUGCCGGUUAGACGUCGGCCAUGAAAUCCAUCACUAUACCGAGCAGAUCACGGGCAUUCACAUCUCGGUCAAAGGGAACUGUGCGCGAUUCUCUCGUGAAUCGCCUUCAGCAAGGUAUGGCACUCAGUGUCUGAACCCGGGGAUAAAUCUUUCUUCAUAGAUACAAGACAUUCGUUGCUGAUCUAAAAAAGAUCUUCUCCCGUGGGCGUUAGCGGACGUUUUUCAUUCUUCACCCGGUCCUUAGUAGCGUUGACAAAGGUAACCGGAGGUUUACUUUAGAAACGCGCUAAACAGGCCUAUAGGUUCGCCUUUCUAAUAGAAGAAGUAUAUAUAUAUAGAAGUCUAUAUAAUAAGCCGGAUCGUCUGAAGCAUGAACAGAAUAGCCUUUGUUCCGAAGGCCUAGCGAGUUAGGCGAGUUCCUUCUUUUUUUUUUAAAGGCGGUCCUUUUCUUUCCCCGGACCGAUGACUCGCUUGUUCAGUACUGCUAACUAUUCUAGGAGGAUGUCGUCCCCUCGGGACUACCAGUCAGUAGCUUCGGUUGUUGAAUCUCGUGCAAGUUAGGUUGUGGUUGUAUUGGCUGCAAGCGGAACGUAGGCGCUUUAGGUGUGUAUUGACCAUGCACUCUCGCGUCGUGUAAUGUCGUAUGUAUUGUAUGAUAGAGGUGGUGCGGUGAUUGACCUCAAUGCUAAUGGUUAUCCCCAAGGUUCAACGAAUGGAGCUAUGAUCGUACCCAGAUAGAGAUGAUGGUCUUCCUCUGAUGUCUCCAAGUCGGCCAUAAUAGAAUAGGUAGGCGAAGCAGCCAAUAGCAGUCUGUUCUCGCCUAUCGAUAGAUAGCAGGUUGCUUCCAAGCUCAAACCAUUUGAAACGGAAUUGCUAGUUAUUUAUUGUUAUUGAUAGAGUGGUAUUCUCCGCCCCUGUAAAAUACAAGAAAGUCGAGGGGGAGAACUGGAAGAGAGAAGGAAAAAGAGCAAAGGAUUUACAAGUAUAAUGGGAGAAGAAUGGCUGACACGUUGACUGCCUUCGAGACUCUAAAAUAGAAGCCAAGCGGUCUAACCCCCGGGGCGGACCCCAACCGAAAGGCGCUAGACGGACUAACGGCAAGCGAGAUAAAGAAAGCAGCUGGCCCUAUAUGUAAAACCUUGCCGCGGGAGAGUCUUUCUCCAAUGAGAAUAAAGAAAGUUUUUGGGCAAGACAAGAAAGGAACUCGCCCUUAUCCACCAAGGGAGAAGAGCUGAUUGCUGGCGAUGACUUGGUGAAGGGAAUCUAUGAGAGAAGGUUCUCGAACCGGGUUCCGACCGAAUAGAGCGCGGAGCCAACGAGUUCAGUCGAACAACGUAACGAGUCUAAGGGCGGGAUCAAGCUAAAAAAGAAAAGGAAUGGACGGGCGUAGGCUUAAUAGUUAAGGCAGACCCCCCUGCUGAUAGAUAUGAGAUCAAUGACUUAAAAGAAAAGACAGAUGGCGAGAGAAACUGUUAGACUUCUUUAUUGCGUUGCGAAGAGAGAUCGAAGACGAAGAUUUUAUGGCGCAGUGCGGGCACUGGAUGGAAAAGAAAGAGAAGGGAACAACCUACCGGAAGGGCAUACCUCAACUCAAGGAGCACCAAUCUCCCCCGGCAAACAUCUAUCUGCACGAAGCCGACCUAUGGAUAGAAAGAAAAAUGCAGGAAAGGCAAAUGAAAUCUAAAAGAGAAACAUGCUUUGGGAGUGUGAGAUAGGCGGACGGGGAGUACGCAGCCGAACAACCGCAGGGGCUUCCAGCAGUGAUAGCUGAACUAACCAGAUGGGCCGCCCUGGAACUUACAUUGAAAUCGGAAAUCAACGUCGGAUCCCGGCUAUCCGAAAAACGCAGACUGAGGCGGAGGAUCACAAAAUGCAACACAACAAGGGGCGAACCAAACGCUUGCGCGAAGGAAGAAGCUAAUCAAUCAGAAUGGAGACAGGGAGGGGAGGCGAAAGAUAUAUUUUCGAGCCUGCAAGCAGCAAGCAACAACGGCUAAAAAGCCGUUGCGCGCUAGCUUGUAGUUUAGGGGUAUAGUAGGGGUGCCCCUUUCUAAAACUGUUCUCUAAUAGAAGUAUAAGGAAGGGAAGCUUUUUGGAACCCUAGUUUUCCCCAACCUAUAACCUUACUAAUAAAAAGGGGUUUCCGUUUUUCAGCUGCAUUGCACUGCCGCAUAAACAAUGGAUCCGCCGGGCCGGACGAGCAACCUUCUCUGGAAAGGAAUAGUGAAAAGCCAUGUCACUUGGAACUGGUUGCUUACUUACUUUUAGUAAGACCCCUUUUUUGGUAAGAAAAAUUAGAUUAUUAUUAGAUAGGCAUGGUUGUUUACAAGAGCUAGCUUCUAGAUGUUCUUCGCCUGAACAUACAUAUAGAAGAAGCAGCCUUCUAUCUGGCCUCUGUACCAGUACAGUAGUGGAGUGGCUUGCUACUUUCAACCAGAAAAGGAAGAUUGAGCAAGGCAAAGGAGAAAGAAGUUGUCCUCUCUUCUCUGGCUCUGGUAACCCGCCGCCGCAUAUGUAGAAAAAGAGGGAGCGGGGAAGGAAGAACAGCCGUUUUACUUUGGCACAUGAGGUGGCGGGUUUGGCUAGGUAACAUAAUGGAAAUGUAUCGGACUGCAAAUCCUGGAAUGACGGUUCGACCCCGUCCUUGGCCUCGAGGAGUGGUGAGCAGCACGGAACUUGAAUCAAUCAAAUGGUAGGGCUUUCCUUUGUUAUAAAUCCACAGAAAACAUUCUGGAACUUCCAAACCAAAGAAAUGCAACAUCAACAGGAGAAGUCGCUUUUUACGUUACGCUUUCAUUUUAAUAAUAUAAUGAAAUGAAUUCGGUAAGGGUAGAAUACGCCCUAUGGUCGAUCGAAGGUCCUGUGCCAUUUGAACUCAAAUAUAUCUUACCUUAAAUCCACCUUUGUCUAGCCAGCUCAUAACAAAAUGUUAGGCCGGCUGACACAACCGAAUUGGUUGAGGAAAAGGAAACCCGCACUCCCGCCCCCAAAAGCGGAGACCGAAGAACCGCCAGGUUGUCGAGGACACGUCUGAAGAGGAGGCGGGCGCCCUCUAAGUUUCCCGCCCUACCCACUAAUGGACUAUGUAUGAGGGGGGCAGGCGAACGGGAACCGACCGAAAACCCGAACCGCUUGACUGCCCCCUUCAUACUCGAUUCAUUAGGGUUGGGGAUGGAUGGAACCAAUCAGAAGUGCAAAUCGCGUAAGCGAAGCCGGGAAACGGACCGCAGCGCAACGACUAGGACUCGUGUCGGAGGAGUUUUGAGCGCGAGCUACCACUCAUGCAGCGGGGCAAGGACCCGCAACUCUCGAAGGGGCCACCAACCGCCCGAAUCACUGUAGCAAACCCCCCCUUUACUCAAUGGAUAGCGCUUAUUCUCUUUCAAUCAACAAAAAGAGAAAUGG